AUGAAUUAAUCUCAAAUGUUAACAACUCAUAAAUCAACUAAGAAAGAUACAGGAGAGAAUAAUAAUAAAUUAUCAAGUGGUUCAAUAGUGGCAACAAAAUUUCGAUUGAUAGAUAAGGUUGGAUAAGGGAGCUUUGGAAUGAUUUAUAAAACCGAGAAUAUGGAGAGUGGUGAUAUUUUUGCAACGAAAUUUGAAAAGAGAGAUGAGAAUUCAAGUGGAAUGAGUUUGCUAGUAAGAGAAAUAAAAGUAUUAAUAGAAGUACAAGAUUUUGAAGGUAAAUAAUAAAAUCAUAUAGUUAGGAUUUCCUUAGAUUGUAUUUUAUGGAAGAGAUGAAUAUUAUAAUUACUUCAUGUAAACAUAUUUGGGAUACAACUUGGAAUAACUAUUAAAAAGAUGCAAUUAUAAAUUUAGUAUAUAGACAGUGUUAAGAAUUGGGAUAAUUCUAAUAGAUAGAUUAAAAAUGCUGCAUUCAAAAAAUUUAUUACAUCGUGAUUUAAAACCUGAUAAUAUGUGUAUAGGUUAUGAUGAUAUCGAUUAGAUAUAUUUAAUUGAUUUCGGUUUAGCUAAAUACUAUAAGGAUUCAUAAGGUAAUCAUAUAGCAUAAAGUGAUAAAAAGGGAAUAAUAGGAACAGCUAGAUAUGCUAGUUUAACAGCACAUUUAGGUUAAUAACCAAUUCUAUUUUAAAGGAAAGGAAUAAUCAAGAAGAGAUGAUAUAGAGAGUUUGGGAUAUGUUUUAGUCUAUUUAGCAAAAGGUCGCCUUCCUUGGAUGAAUCUAAAUACUAAUACAAAAUCAGAGAAGUAUUAAAAAAUUAAAGAAUUUAAACAAUAAAUCACUUUAGACAAAUUAUGUGAAGGAUUGCCGAAAGUUUUACGUCAUAUUCAUCAUAUAAGUGUUUCUUGAAUCUUUUCAUCUAUGCACGUGGCCUUGAUUUUUAAGGAGAACCAGAUUAUUAGUUUCUAAAAGAUCAAUUUUAGAAAUAAUAUCAAAUAGAUGUAUCUUCCUCAUUGAACCAUGUUCCAUUAGAUUUCGAAUGGGAGCGUUUACCAGAGCUCAAAAAAAGAAAGUAAAGAGCCAUAGCUAAUUUAUUAAAAUAGAAGUUAGGUACUUGAAUCUAAUUGUAUAAGAAAAAUAAACUGAAUUAGAAAUUAAGAAAAGUUAUGAUGAAAGACCUGAAUAGAGAGGAAGUUCAUUUCUUAAUGUACCUGUAUAAGAAAAUGAUUAAUAAUAACUUUCUCCUGAAAAAAAUAAAUAAAGCAGAGUAAAUAUAAACAUUUUAUCAUUUAGAGAUUUAGUUAAAAUGUUUCAAGUUUUGGUACAAGUUAAAUUAACAAUUAUCAAAUGAGUUAAAAAGAGAAUUUUAGAAAAUUUGCUAAGGAAAAAAGAGAAUAAUCAUAUUUUUCAAUUGAAAAAAACAAUUAGAAUUAAAAGAAUUUCUUUAAAUAAGCAUCAACUAAAGCAGAACGAUAAUAGGCAUUAUAAGAUUUAGAUAAUGAUUAUAGAGAUUUUGAUGAUUUAGAUCAAUUGGCAGAUGAAGAAACAAAUAUUGCCAUUUUCAACAUUACUCCUCAUAUAUCAAAGAGAAGAUUUCAAUGAUCAUUUAAAUAUUCAUUACCAAAAGAUUAUAAUAUUUG